AUGGCUUACUCUACGCAAAUGCACGACGGCACUUUCUUUGUCGAGUCCAACGAGCCAACUGCUCCGAGAAUGAGUGCUAGAGAGGCAGCGAAGCUGCUGGCAAGAAAUCGCCAAGACAUGAUCGCCAAUGAACUUUCAAGGUUGACAUCGGAGGAGUAUCUGGAGGACAUCAUGCGGCACGCGCGGCACAUGGAGGACGAGACACUCCCCGACGUCAACCUGAUCGACAUGCAGCGCGAGAUUCAGUGGUUUAUGCGACCAUACCUGAUCGACUUCAUCGUCGAGGCCCAUGCUGCCUUCACACUCCUGCCCGAGACGCUCUUCCUGACGAUCAACCUUCUGGACCGGUACUGCUCCAAGCGUGUGGUGUACAAGCAGCACUACCAGCUCGUUGGCUGCGCUGCCCUGCUUAUUGCCUCCAAAUACGGGGACAAGAAGGACCGGGUGCCGCAGAUUAAUGAGCUGAACAACAUGUGCUGUGGCCUCUACGACGCCGGCAUGUUUACGCAAAUGGAGAUGCACGUGCUCAACACGCUCGAAUGGAACAUUGGCCACCCUACCGUGGACUUCUUCUCGCAGCUGAUUGUGGCUGAGGAGCGGGACGACUGCGAGGUCGAGAGCAUGGCUGCGUACAUCAGCGAGAUCGCCCUUUACCACCGUGACUUUGUGUCCACCAAGCCGUCGACCAUGGCUCGUGCGUCGCUCGCGCUCGCCCGUGCCAUUCUUGGCCGGCCGGAGGUCAACGACGGCGAGUGGGACCACGCGGACAACAUCACUCUUCUUACCCUGUCGCAGAACCUGCACCAGCCGUCGCCGACGCUGUCGCGCAAGUAUGCAUCAUCGCACUUCUCUGGCGUGUCGGCUAAGCUCACCGAGUUCCUCGCCCGCCACGCGGCAGCAAUCAACAACAACAACAGGAGACUGGCAGACAGCUGCCGGUCGACGUCGCCAUGUGAGUCGGACAGUGUGGCCCACCAGGCCGACGUGUACAGCACGCCACACAAGGGCAUGGGGGCCGUUGCGGGCGUGGCCGACGGAUACAUGACGCCACCCAUUACACCAGACGGCGCCUACUUUGCGGCCAACGGGGCCGUGGCCAAGGACGGCUACGCAGUCGUGCCGCGGUGUCCGGUGACGCCGACGCCUCCGUCAAACACGAACGCGAACGCACCGUCUGUCUAUGCGGCACAUGCGCAACAACAAGAUGCCAGUGUUGCACAGUAUGCGGCCUACUUUGACGCGGCACAAUAG